CUGCCGCGGGCGAUGCCUCUGCUCUGGGCUCUCCUGGCCCUGGGCUGCCUGCGGCUCUGCUCGGGUGUGAGCCUCCAGCCCGAGCUGGCUGGGGUGACCUUGGCCCCCAACAACCCCACGCUCACCACCGUGGCCUUGGAAAAGCCCCUGUGCGUGUUCGACAGCUCGGAGGCUCUCCACGGCGCCCACGAGGUCCACCUCUACGUCCUGGUCGCCUCGGCCCUCUCCAGGAAUGCGUCUGUGCAGGACAGCACCCAGGCCCCGCUCAGCUCUACCUUCCAGCAAACAGAGGGCGGGAGGACAGGCCCCUACAAGGCCUUGGCCUUUGACCUGACCCCCUGCAGUGACCUGCCCAGCCUGGAUGCGGUCGGGGAGGUGGCCCGGGCCUCUGAGAUCCUGAGCGCGUACCUCGUCAGGGUCGGGGCUGACGGGUCCUGCCUGUCUGACCCCAACUUCCAGGGCCUUUGCAACCCGCCCCUGUCGGCAGCCACGGAGUACAGGUUCAAGUACGUCCUUGUCAAUGUGUCCACAGGUUUGGUGCAGGACCAGACCCUGUGGUCUGACCCCAUCGGCACCAAGCAGCCCACCCCACACUCCGUGAUCGACACGUGGCCGGGCCGGCGCAGCGGGGGCAUGAUCGUCAUCACGUCCAUCCUGGGCUCCCUGCCCUUCCUCCUGCUCGUGGCCUUUGCCGGCGCUGUCAUCUCGAGCUUCGUGGACACGGGCGAUCCUGGCGGGGAGAUCACUCACGACUCCCGGAUCACGCAGGAGGCCGGGCCCCGAGCCCUGGGGACCCCGGAGCUUUCGCUCCCACCGGCACAUCGGGGGCCGGCCCUGGACCGGGCAGAGGUGUACGCCGGCAAGCUGCAGGCCUGAGCCGGCCUCCGCCCCGGGUGGACAGACGGACCUCGCCCCACCCGCCGGCCCGGGACGCGGAGGCCGGCCCAGGGGCAGAAGCUUUAAUAAAGCCGGGCUGCGAGU